AUGGACUUGAAUGUUGAUAAUUUAUUGAAUAUUCUUAGUCUAGCUAAUGAAUCCGAAAGAAAUAGUCGGCAGCAGGAAGCAGAAAAUCAAUUGAAAACUUGGGAAGUUGUUCCAGGGUAUCAUUACUAUUUACAAUCCAUCUAUUUGAAUUUGGAGUUACCUCUACAAAUUAGAUGGUUGGCCAUAAUAUGUUUCAAGAACGGGGUAGAAAAAUAUUGGAGAAGCUCUAGGACCAAUGCAAUAAGUAAAGAUGAAAAGUCCAAGAUUAAGUCUAGAUUAUUUUCCUUACUCCAUGAGAAGAACAACCAAUUAAUGAUUCAGCAUGCUCAUUCAAUAGGUAAAAUCGUAAGGUUUGAAUUUCCUACAGAAUGGCCAAAUUUGUUUGAAGAGAUUGAAAGAAGUUUGCAUAAUUUUGUGUUUGUCAAUCAGGAUUUGAGUUCUGUGAAUAAUCUUUUGAUUAUUUUGAAUCAAAUCAUAAAGACUUUAUCGUCUGUGAGAAUAGGUAGAGCAAGACAUGCCAUGCAAAGCAAAUCACCACUUAUAGUUCCAUUAUUGAUCAAACUAUAUGUCAAAUUUUUUCAACAAUGGACAAAUAAUCUUGAUCUAGCAUUAAUGGAAGUUUGUUAUCUAUGUCUUAAAAAUUUAAGAAGAAUAAUUCCUGAAGGUUUUGAACAGCCAGAAACAAAUCAUGAUGUUACAGAAUUUUUGAAAGUAAGUGUUGACCAUCUCCGAGGCUUGAUAAAUGAACACAGUAGGUAUUCAUCGGAUUUGAUAGAACGAUAUGCUAAAUGUUACAGCAAGCUAUAUUUCAAUUUGAUCAGUAUAAAUCCAACGAGCUUUAUUUUACUUCCUUGUUGUGAGACCAUUCUCUCCUACUACAUGAAUUAUUUGCAAGAAAACGCAGAGAGAAUAUAUCAAAGUAACGAAGAAAAUGACUUUUGGGAGAUCAUUGCCCUCAAAGGGUUCUUAAUAUUGAAAAAAGUCAUCAAUUAUACUUUUAAACAGGGAUCAAUAACUUUGAAACAACCUAAAAGUAAACAGGAAAUAGAAAUUGCAUUGAAGAAGCUCGCUUCUGGUUUUUUCAACAAAGGCUUAAUUGAGAAACUUUGUGACCUUAUAAUCAAUUGGUAUCUUCCUAUCAAACCAAAUGACUUGGAAAAUUGGUCUUUGGAACCAGAAGAAUGGUGCAAUGAAGAAUUCCAAUCCAGUUGGGAAUAUCAAAUCAGACCUUGUGCAGAAAAUUUCUUCCAAGAUUUGGUCAAAUUUUUCAAAGACGAUUUAUCAAAUUAUAUCUUAAACAAAAUCUCGAAUAACUUAAACGAUGGCAAUAUAUUGAUUCAAGAUUCGAUAUUGUGUACUUUCCAACUUUCGGCAGAUUCUAUUAGUGACAAGGUUAAUUUCAACCAGUUAUUGAAUGAUGUCUUUGUUCCUCUUGGUUCAAAGAAUGACAAACUAGAGCAGAAAAUCUUGAAAAGAAGAAUUUGUUUGAUAAUUAAUGAAUGGGUAGUUAUAAAUUGUUCUAAUGAGAGUAGGAUCUUGAUAUAUAAAUUUUUAAGCACAUUAUUGGUUGGUGAAAAUAAGAUAAAUGACCAGGUAGUCAAGUUAAACGCCAUACAAUGUUUGAAAACUAUUAUCAAUGAUUGGGAUUUUAACAAAAAAGAUUUUGGUCCCUUUUUAACUGAAUUCAUAACCAGAUUUAUUGAGAUUCUUGAUGAAAUGACCUUCACUGAAUCUAAGCUAUACAUCUUAAAUACCUUGGCCAUUGUUAUUGAAAGAUGCAAUCCUUUGAUUAACUACGAGACCUUGAUAAGACUUCUCGCCAUCAUUCCUAAAUACUGGGAAGUUUCCAAUUCCAAUGAUAACGAAGUCAUCUUGAAAACGUCAUUGAUAAGAAUAUUGAAGAAUUUGAUCAUCUCCUUGAAUGAAAACUCUCCUGAAACUUAUUCCAUUUGUAUUCCCUUGAUUAAGUCAUGUUGUAGUGAAAACUCAGACUAUCAACUUUUGUCUGAAGACGGUUAUGAAUUGUGGUUAUCGAUGUUACAGUUCUGUCCCAACCAACAUAAAGAACAUGUCGAAAUUAUACAAUUAUUCGAAUUGAUCAAAUUUGGUUUACUCAAUUCAACGGAGGUUUUACCUUUGAUUUUGUCCAUCAUAAGAAGUUAUUCUUUAUUAUCUCCUGAAGUGUUCCAAAUACAUUCAAUAAAUGAAAUUUUCAAGGUUUUGUCUGGUUAUUUGAAUAGUAUGAGAGAUGAUGCUUUUAAUGUUUUUAUAUCAUUGAUGGACAUUUUGAUUUUAAAAUUGUAUAAUGACGAAGUGUUUUUAACAAGUUUGGUUGAUAGUGGGUUGUUCAAUUGCAUGUUAUCUUAUGUUCUUGAUGAAAGCAACUCAAUAGUCUGCAUCAACAAGUUAUUGUUGAUUUUAUCAAGAUUGGCUUUUGCCAAUAACGAAAUAUUCUUGAAAAUGUUGAAUUAUUUAUCUAAUGACAUCAACAGCUUCUUGAAACAUUGGACAGAAUAUUAUGUGAAUAAUGGAAACCCAAGAAAUAAGAAAAUUAAUUUACUUGGUUUAUUGUCAUUAUUAAAGAUUACUAUACCAAUAAAAGAGCAAAACUUCAUAUCCAUUUUCCCUGAUGUUAUCAAGAAGACCUUUCUAUUCUUAGAGGAAGUGAAGGAAACUGAUGGAAAAGUAGAUGCUUAUAAUCUGGAUUUUAUCUACGAAGAUAUAGAUGAUUAUAGAUAUUUGGAUCCCGAUAUCAAAGAGAAUGGGGAGAAGACACGUUACGUUGAAUUGCUCGAUCAGGCAGACCCUGUUUUUAAAGUUCAGCUUGAUAAAUUCCUAAUCGAGGUGAUACACAGUUUUAAAUCAACCUUAGCGAACGACGAGUUUGACCAAUUGAUGAAUAUGAAUGAGGAAUACUCAAUCGAACAGUUACAAAAAAUUAUGUAA